AUGAGCCUUGCAGGAAAUGUCCUGUCACAUUUGACAGUGACAAAUUUAUUAUUGGGCUUAAUUGCUUAUGUCGCGCUUAAGUUUGGCUGGCAGAUUGUUUACUAUCGCUUCUUUCAUCCGCUUGCGAAAUUCCCCGGUCCUUUCUGGGCUUCCGUCACUCGUCUUUGGAUCGCAAAGCACAAUCUACAGGAAACGGAAGUGCCAACUGUUUAUGCGCUUGCUCAAGAAUAUGGUCAGUCAUGUUUGGGUUUUGGAUAUUAUAACCACGUUGCUUAUCGGUUAUGUCUUGCAGGCCCUGUUGUUCGCAUCACCCCGACAUUGCUGCUGGUCAGCGAUCAUGAAAAACUCCCCGAGGUUUACCACCGAAAUGUGGACAAAACCGGACAUUAUAUCACUGGAAGCUUCGGCGAGACCGAGUCGCUGUUCAACAUGAGGUCCCACAAGACCCAUGCUGUGUUUAGAAAGCACGUUGCUGGACCUUACAGUUUCUCGAACAUCAAGAAGAUGGAGCCGCUUGUUGACCUCAGCAUCAAAGAAUGGACCACAAAGCUCAACGACAAGUUCUGCAAGAGCGGCGAAGCCUUCGACUUCGCCUGGUGGGCCGUCUACAUGGCCUACGACAUCAUCAGUGAGAUCGGUUUCGGCGAGCCUUUCGGCUUCAUCGAAAAAGGCGAAGACAUCGGCGGUCUCAUCCAAGGAUUCCACGACGGCCUCCCAGCCUUCGGUCUCCUCGCCCGCCUGCACCCCUUCACCUCAUGGGUCAAAACGACCUUCCUGAAGAAAUACCUCGUCGCCAAGCCAGAAGACAACUCUGGAAUCGGCGUCUUGAUGCGCUUCCGCGACCGCCUCAUCGACCAGCGCAUCACUGACAUCAAAAACGGAAAGAAAAUAGAUCGCACGGAUCUGCUCCAGACUUUCCUCGAGGCUCGCACUGAGGACGGCAAGCCACUCGAUCUGGAGUACAUCCGUGCAGAGGUCCUGCUCGUUCUUCUUGCUGGCGCUGAUACCACCGGCACCGCGUUCCAGGCUAUGAUCCACUAUCUCAUGGCGCACCCGAAGGCUUAUGAGCGCAUGAUGGCGGAGAUCGAUGGCGCUUCCAGGAAGGGUCUGAUCUCGGAUAUGCCACAGUAUAGUGAGGUGAUUGAGCACUUGCCUUUCUAUGUUAGCUGUGUGAAGGAAACUAUGCGUCUUUGCCCGUCGGCGCCAAAUAUCUUCCCUAGAUAUGUCUCCGAGCCUGGUAUCGAUCUCUACGGCAAGUUUGCGCCCGCCGGUACCGAGAUCAGCUGUAACCCGUAUCUUGUGCAUCGGGACCCGAAGCUUUAUGGGCCAGAUGCGGAGGAGUUCAAACCUGAAAGAUGGCUAGAUGUUGAGAAGGCUAAGUUGUACAAUAAGUAUAACUUUGCGUUCGGGUAUGGCUCGCGGGUUUGCUUGGGUAGAGAUAUUGCUAUGAUGGAGUUGUUCAAGGGACCUUUGCAGUUUUUCCGUCAAUACAAACCCGAAACUGUGCCCGGUAAGCCUGAGCCUAAGUUUAUCAUUAAGGGUGGUGUUGGAUACUGGAGAGAUGUGUGGCUCACCAUCUCUCCCCGGGCAGAGGUAAAGGCUGAAUAA